CAGCUGAGUGGAAACAGAGGCACGGCCAACAGCAGACUGCUGUAGUCGGCUCAGAAAUGAACUCCUUGGAGCAGGCCGAAGACCUGAAGGCCUUUGAGAGAAGACUGACAGAGUAUGUCUCAUGUUUACAACCUGCAACAGGCAGGUGGAGAAUGAUUCUGAUCGUGGUAUCUGUAUGUACGGCCACUGGGGCUUGGAACUGGUUAAUAGACCCUGACACACAGAAGGUACAGGUCCCUUUCUUAUCAUCGCUUUGGAAUCAUCCCUUCUUCACCAUCAGCUGCAUCACUCUAAUAGCUCUGUUUUUUGCUGGCAUACACAAACGAGUUGUGGCACCAUCAAUAAUCGCUGCUCGCUGCCGCACAGUUUUAGCAGAAUACAACAUGUCUUGUGAUGAUACGGGAAAGCUCAUUCUCAAACCACGACCAAACAUCCAGUAACUGCAGUCUUGUACACUGUCUUCGUAGUCAGUAACCACUCAGUGUCUCGAGUCCUUUCGAUGGCCGGAGCAGCACCGAGGUGGAUUUCAACAGGAAGAUGUGAAAUGCAUUUGGAACAAAGAAAAUGAACUGAUGGAGCUUUUUUAAAAGUGUUGCUGUGUUGACAUCAACAAAGCUGCUGAUCUGCUCAGAUUACCUUUGAUGUAUUUUACACAGUCAGUGGGUGCAGGUGUGAUUAUUUCUGUUUCUGAUGUUAAGCAUGUAUUUUAUCUAAAUCUUUCUAUUUUUAAAGUUAUUUACCCAAUAAAUACACUUUGUGUGA